UGUACAGAGAUCCACUUACGAUAGUGCGGCAGACAGGUGCAAAUUGUCAAACAAUGUCGCGAGUUAUAUUUAUAUUAUUGACUUGUAUAUUAAAACUAUCAUUACAGAGAUCCUUCCCAGAAGACGACAGCUAUGUGGCAGCUGUGGUGGAAUAUCAGCCAUCUUUGACCUCAAGCUCAGCCCUCCGUGAUUAUGUGGACUUUAUCGAGCAAGCUGCGGAACAGAAUGCUGAUAUAGUAGUAUUUCCUGAAAUGACAUUAACAAGAGGAUCAUAUAGUACUGUUCCGAUAAAAGACACUCUGCUUGAAUAUCCUAUACCGGCUCUGAAUCCAGAACUUUAUGAUGAGUUUCUAGUACAAAUCUCAAAUGCGUCAAGAGUGAACAGUGUAUAUGUAGUAAUUAAUGUCCAAGAACGCAUGGACUGCAGAACAGUUACAGAAGAGUUGUGUCCAGAGGCAAAAGUAUACUUCUUCAAUACUAACGUCGUUUUCAAUCGAGAUGGCGCUGUAAUCGACAGAUACCGCAAAAUCAAUUUAUUUGGUGAAGCGUCCCGAACACCAGCACUGAAUCCAGACUUGGGCGUGUUUAAAACAGAUUUCGGUGUGACAUUCGGCCAUCAUAUAUGCUUCGAUCUGAUGUUCCAAGUGCCCGCCAUCCAGGUCAUCGAGAAAAAUAAUAUUACUGACGUCAUUUUCACUACCAUGUGGUUUUCUGAGAUGCCUUACUUAACUGCUGUGGAGAUCCAAUCGGCAUACGCAUACAGCAUGAACAUCAACUUCUUGGCCAGUGGAGCAAAUAAUCCGCGCGUUGGAAGCGCUGGAUCGGGUAUUUACUCCGGUAAGGCGGGUGCUCUAGUCAGUACCAUGCCCGGAGUGUCUACAAGGAGGGUACUGGUCGCAAGAGUCCCAAAGAUACCAGGACAGGUUCAAGUUACAGAACAGUAUCCGGGUCCGAUCUACAACAACCCUACAGAGCAAGACUCGCUAUAUCUGAAAACCGAUCGUUCAAUCCGCUCGCACGUCACCAGGGAACUGACAGAAGGUUUCCAACAAUUUACACUAACAAACAAUGAAGUCAGCUGCACAUUCUCCGUCAGGCUCAAUCAGAGAUAUGGAACGCAGCAAUACAAGUACAGGGCAUCUGCAUUUGAUGGUGUUCGCACUUUCGAUGGUGUAGCAACAGGCGGCAAUAGGGUGUGCUCUGUAAUCGCUUGCACUGGGGACACCAUUGAUACUUGCGGAACUAGAUUCCGUGUAUACAAUGAGAACACAACUGCUGUCUUCGAAGAACUCACCAUAAUUGCAACAGUGCCUACUCCCGUCAUCGACCAACAAUUACAAACCCAUGACUCGGCUUUCUUCCCUUUAUCGUUGGAUGUAUCUAUCAUGCCAUUAAAAGCCAAUGAAUUUUCAUACAACGAAGAUGUAUACGAAAAUAUAACAGUUUACACGCUCACUUUGAAAAAUAGUAAUGCUCAAUUGUACAGUUUUGCUGUUUGGGGAAGAGUAUUUGCCACAGAUGGUGAGGUACAAACACCACCAUUAGAGCCAGAUCAGGCACCAGAAUCUGAGAGUGACAGCUACGUAGCUGCGGUGUUGGAAUAUCAAGGGCCGAAUAGCUCGGGCAACUCUUUGGCAGACUACAUAAGAUACAUCGAGGAAGCGGCAGAUCAAAAUGCAGAUAUCAUAGUGUUCCCGGAACUGACGCUCACCAGAAACAACGAAGCUGUCACUAUUCCGACAUACGACCUCCUGAAACAGUAUCCAAUACCAGCUCUGAAUCCAGAAUUAUACGAUAAUAUUCUAGUGUCAAUUUCAAAUGCGUCAAGAGUGAACAGUAUAUAUGUGGUAAUCAAUGUGCAAGAGAUUUUGAACUGCACCGCGACAACAGAAGAACUAUGUCCAGAGAAGAAAGUCUACCUAUUCAACACAAACGUCGUGUUUGAUAGAAAUGGAACUGUGAUUGACAGAUAUCGUAAAAUUAAUUUAUUCGGUGAAAAUAGCCGUACUCCAGCCUUAGCACCAGAUUUGGGAAUAUUUGACACAGAUUUUGGCGUGAGGUUCGGACAUUAUAUAUGCUUCGAUAUCCAGUUUCAAAUACCUGCCAUACAAGUUGUCGAAAAAUAUAAUCUUACCGACGUCAUAUUUACCACUAUGUGGUAUUCUGAGUUGCCGUAUUUAACAGCUGUGCAAAUUCAAGAGGCGUACGCGUAUAGUAUGAACGUCAACUUCCUUGCCAGUGGUGCUAAUAACGUUCGAGUAGGAAGCGCGGGAUCUGGAAUCUUCUCCGGGAAGGCUGGAGCUCUAGUGAGCACCAUGCCCGGAAAGCCAACCUCUCGACUGCUGAUAGCAAGGGUCCCCAAAAUACCUGGACAUGUAACGACAACACCGCCAGGUCCCAUCUAUGACAACCCUGCUGAUCACGAUUCGCUAUUCCUUCUCACCGACCCCUCUUUACCUGCACACAACACCAGAGAGCUGACUCCAGGCAGCCACGAAUUUACACUUGUGAACAAAGAAGUCAGUUGCAAAUUCAUCGUCACUCUCAAUCAGAGAGAGGGAGAUAAGCACUACAAGUACAGAGCCACAGCAUUCGAUGGAGUCCGCACCUUCUCCGGGAUAACGACUGGCGGCACCAGGAUAUGCUCUGUGAUAGCUUGCACUGGGGAUACCAAAGAUACUUGUGGAAUUAGAUUUCCUGAAUAUACCGAGAACUCCACAGCUAUCUUUGAGGAACUGACCAUUAUUGCGACGGUGCCCACACCAGUACUCGAUCAAAAUCUACAAGCACGUGAUUCUGCAUUCUUCCCCAUAUCUUUGGAUGUAUCUAUAAUGCCUCUAGAGGUCAAAGAUUUCACAUUCAAUGAAGAUACCCAAGGCGACGUUACUGUAUAUAGUUUAACAUUAAAAAGAACUAAUGCCCAAUUGUAUGCAUUCGCUGUUUGGGGAAGAGUAUUCGCUACUGACAAACAAGAUGCCUCACCACCUAUACCUGAUUCUUCUCCAAAACAUUUACUUAAUAUCCUACUGUUAAUACCAACUGUACUUCUAUUGCACAUUACAAAAUAAUAUUAGUUCCAUCUUCGGCAAAAUUUUAUUUCAUCAUUAUCUAAGUAUUACCAUAAGAACAAAAAAUUAAAACCAGAUUUAUUUAUUUUUAUGAUAAUUACUUUUAGUAUGCCUACUUAAUAUACUGGACGAGUGGCGGUCCUCCACCGUGCGUUUUUCAAGGCACUUUCUCCCACGCACAACAACUCUUUGGAAUCAACUUCCAGCAGCAGUAUUUCCGAACCGAUACGACAACAUAACCUUCAAGAAAAGAGCAUAUUCCUUUUUAAAAGGCCGGCAGCACACCUGCGAUGCCGUAGGUGUUGUGGGUGACCAUGGGCGACGGUAGUCACUUACCAUCAGGUGAGCCGCAUGCUCGUUUGCCCCCUGUGUUGUAAAAAAAAAAAAAAAUACCACCAUGGCUGAAUCACAUUUCUGAAUUACAAGAUACAGGCUUGCAUGACUAUUGUGUAAUUCGUAGAGUUAAUCAUCUAAAAGUGUUUUUGGAAUAUAAAUUAUUAAUUUCAUUUCAGAGGGGGCCUGCGAAGCCAUACUAAGUUUUUAAAGUGCUCAUAAAAUAAUGAGAAUAUCUAUUGACUCUUUUUAAAUAAAGUCUAUUUUUAAUAUCAAAUUUGAUAUUGAAUCUUACUAAUAUGUAUUAUAAAUGUGAAAAUUUGUAAAAAUAUUUGUAUGUUUGUUACUCAAUUACGCUUAAACUGCUGAACGAAUUUAAAAUUUAGUAAAUUAAAUAAAAUUUGGAAAUAUCCUGACUUAAUGUAUAAGAUACUUUAUAUACUAAUGCACGUGGACAUACUAUUAUAUCAUUGACUAAAUAAAUACCUUAUACGUAACGUAAUAAAAGCAAUAAUGAUAUAAAGAUAAGUAUGUUAUAAACAUUUGAUACGUUACUAGACAUAAUAUUAUUGUUGUUCAAACCAUUCUAUUUUUAUUUUAACAAGAUGUCAUUAAAAUGUUUGCAAUUCACGAUGGUGAAACAAAAAUCUGCUAUCACUAUUCUGAAAGAUCACAAUGUUAAUAGAAACAAUAUAGUAACUUCCCUACGUACAUGAAAUUCAACAAUAAAUUGUAAAUAAGUUAAAUUAAUUAAAAAUUAAAAAAAUUCCAACACAAAAAACCUAUAAAAAGUACCUAAAAGCCCCAAUCAUUAUCUGUCUGUACACAUACAAAUACAGUGUGUUCAAAUACACUGUAUUUGCUAAAAGUUCCUGUAAAUUAUUUGAUUCUGAAUCAAGUUACCAUGUCAUAGAAAUACCAUCGAAGUAACAAUACACCCAAUUUCACAUGAAUUGGAUUUGUAGAUGUUGGUGUAAUCCCUUCGUCAGGAGAAAGAGAUUUUUUAUUAGCUUGGAUCAUUAGAUUUCUUGUGACAUGAAUCUUUGCUUUUUAAUAGAUUGUUACGAUAAGUGAGGAUUUUUUAUAUUUAUAUAUCUAUAUAUAUCAUUAUCACGCAUCUCAUACUGCCUUUAAAAAAAUGCGCACAAACCUUAUAUUUUUACAUUAUAAUUUUCCCUAAAAAUAAUCCCUAAAAUUUUCCCUAAAGUAAACCCUGCUAUGUACAAUACCAUUAGUAUUGGAAUUUUCAAAUACCCUAUAUUAAAUAUAUAUAUAUAUAUAUAUAUAUAUAUAUAUAUAUAUAGGUCGCCGAAAUCAAAACUCGUUUUUUGCCGAAACUCGACCGACAAUACAGGGGGUAUAUUGAUCUCAAGCACCAGAAAUUUCAUAGAACAUGAUUUAUUAAGUGUAAAUACAUCUUUCAAAAGUAAAGUAUAAAAAGACUAGAUAUUAAAGUACAUUACAAAAAUCUGAAUUCAUUAUUCACCGAUAGACUCAGAUUGAUCGCUGACUGAUAAUCUCGUAUGUUCGACAUGACUUCUUAAGCUUUGGCUAUUCAAUUUGUCGCGCCGAGUAGCCUGUGAUCGUACUCGCCUUUGAAGUGCAACCGUUCCCAACGAAGACCGACUUCUACGGCGCCUGGUCAUCGCUAUAAAAUAAAUAAUUUCAAAAUGUAAUUUGCUACUUAAUUUCGAGUAGGCACAUUUCGAAAUCGUCAAUAGGAUCAUUAGGGUGAUAAUUAUAAGGUUAUAUAGUACAUGGUUGUUAAUUAUGUUAACGGUAAAUACUGUUAUUUACUCUUUGAUUUCAUAAAGAAAUGUUUUUUUUAUUUAGUCAUAUUGCUUUGUAUAAAUGAAUACCUCAUUAUAUACUCAAUAUGAGAUAUUCUGGUUUGUAUUCCUGAUCAGGUCAGAAAACGACUUCUAAAUUACCUUGUGUUCUGGAUUGUACCCUAGUUUUAGAAUUAGACGAUUUCUAUGACUCUCAAAUUUAGCCCAUUUAUUAUUUAUUACAAUAUAAAAAUAAUAUUUGUUUUGUUACUUAUCUACAUUAUUAAUAAACUCACGGCUUUAAACCUAAAUUGGAUACUUAAAAACUUUAUAGUAAACAAUAGCCAAUGUUGUGUUAGAGCAAUCACAAACAUAAGAAAAAAAUUAUGUACAAUUUAAAUCAUAAAAAGAAUUACAAAUAUUUUAAUAUUAUAAGUAUGUAGAGAUACAGUAAUACAUUUCUUCGCGUAGUUGAAUCCAACAUUGGAAUGCACUAACCAUCUUUCAAUGAAUCUAAUUGUUCAUCCUCUAUUACUCUUCUCAAUCUGUUAUCUUCAAUCUCCGAAGGCUUGUGCGACUCCUCACUGACUCUUAUCAUCUCCUGAUAUAGAUCUGUUAAUUCCUGAUUAAGACGAGCAUCUUGUAAUGUCUUCUGCAAGUUUCCUCUCAUAACGUAACCUAGAGAUUUUGUAAGUGGUAAUUCGUCUGUAUGAGCUACUUCCACGUUUGCAUAAAUAUUAAUAACCUAAAAAUAAGCACAUUCUUAAAACUAAAAAACGUAGAAUUGAAGGUUUUAUACUUAAUAAAUAUUAUAAGGGGUUCUUUAGAUUAUGCUAGGUAACAGUGAUGUCCUCGACUCGACUCGAUGAUCACAACUUUAAAAUUACUACAGAACGACCAAUGUCGGCAUGUGGUUGGUCAAAUGGACGCCAAUAUUUUCUUUAAAAAUAAAGUAAAUAAGGGGAUAGAAUCGGAAUACUCUUCUAAUGAAACUAGUACUGUAAAAUUGAAAAUCCCCUUUAUUUCCAAAAAACAUAUAUCGAAAAUGGCAAAUCAAAUUUAAAAGCUUCAUUGCCCACACUAACUUAAUUCUUUUUUUUUGAUUCUCAAAGAUUGACUGUAAGAAAUGCCUUUAUGAGAUAAGCAUUGUAAAAUAAAUCUUUUAAUGUGUCCAAUGUAAAUUAUGUACAAUAAAGAUUAUACAACACAAUACUAACUUGAUAGAUGGAUCUGCUGUAUUUGUUAGUAUAUGGCAAAAAAUUAUAGAUAACAAAACUUUAACGGGACAUUGAUGUUAAUUAUAAAUUUAAAGCGAACAACUUAUCAGGACAGGACUUCAAAUUAAUCGGAGGUUAAAAAACUAGAUAACUUAAUUACAACUCAUUUAAAAUGCGAUAUUGUGACACACUCGUACCUACAUUAAAAUCUCGACUCUGUAAAUUGUUACAUUAUUAAAUAUUAUAUACUUUUCUUUUUUAGAAACAUAAGUGCAUUAUUGUCAGAUUUAUUAUUAAAUAUUUAUUUUCCAUAGAAUUAAACAUA